AUGAAGCGAAAAAAAGCGACUCGUAAAGCGAUUUCCAAUAACGGUCAUAUUUCCCCCUCUGUGGGGCUUUUUCCGGCCACGAUCUCCACGAUAAUGGGUUAUCCAUGUGCCGGUUUCACUCCGUGGUGCACGUCUUCCAGAUUUUUCGAUCUGCAAGCCACGUUCUCUUGCGGUUUCUCAUCCAAACAGGGAGUUCGGAGUUUUGAAUCUCGAAAACCGCCAUGGCGCAAAUCUUAUAUAUUCUCUGUUCUUUUACAGUUUUCUUCUCAGAUUCACUCCAAAUUUCCAAUGGGUGAUAAUCUUAGACAGAGAAUGCAGAAUAUUAAUCUCGGAAUUGAUGACGAACCAGUGCUCUUCCCUACGACGCUGCUCAAUCAAGCCUCCACAACGAACCAGUUCUCUCUCGUGGUCGUGCCUCUCAAUCCCAAAAAGCAAAAUCUAAGAGCAAUGAUUUCCGCACUCCCUCGGGUUUGGGGACUUGAAGAUGCAACUUCUGGUCGGAUUAUUGGACACAAUCAACUCCAAUUUCUCUUCCGAUCUGAAGACAUGAUGAAUCUGGUGCUACAACGUACUCCAUGGUCCUUUGCCGAUUGGAUGGUGACAGUUCAUCGUUGGAUGCCAAACUUAACCGAGACCUCUCGUAAAAUGUUACCAUUCUGGAUGCAGAUCCGUGGUAUACCAAUCCAGUUCUUGUCCCGUCAGACGAUAACCUUCAUUGGCGACUUGUAUGGUCAAGUUAUUGGUGUCGAUUUUGAUGAAAAUUCGACGCGUGUUGACUUUGUUCGUGUUCGGGUGCUGUGGAACUCUGAUAUUCCCCUGCGAUUUCAGAGGAUUUUUCAAUUUGAGAAUGGAAUCAAUACCAUCCUCCGUUUCAAAUUUGAGAGACUCCGCAAUUUCUGCAAACGUUGUGGUUUGCUCUCUCACGACAAAAAGGAUUGUCCUCUUCGCCUGGAAGAUGGCGAUUUCUCAGAUUCCGAUGGUGAUGGUGAUGAUAAUGGAGGGAAUGAUCCAGAUCAAGGUCUUGCGAUGGACAAUUCUACAAACCCAUCACCUCCUAACACCACAGUACUUAACACAAUUCCCUCAACAACACCUCUUUCUACUGAUGUGGUGGAUCCUCUUAUCUCCAAUAUCACUGAAGCGGCAACUCUGGAGGAUAUGCGUCUGAGAGCACUUCGAUGGCAAGGGGGAAAGUCAGAGAAGAUGAAUAUCAGGAGAUGUUUGGUGAUGAUGUAG